CCGUUCGUCACAUGACCGGCAGCUGACUCCUGUUCUGCCUCUUCCUCUUUUCAAGUCGGGGAGUCGGAGCAAGCUGUCGGUAGUCAGAAAUAAUUGAAUAUAUUAAGAAUUAUCCGAAAUAAACGCAUAAUAGCAGGGAAAGACGCUUUUGUGCCUGUUGCGUUUUUUUUGGAGGUGACUGCAACAUGAACGGACAAGCCAUUCUCUACACCGGGGUCACUGUGGCCUUUUGGAGUACAAUUCUCAUCGUCGGUAUCUGUUAUACAAUAUUUGACCUUGGAUUUCGAUUUGAUGUGGGCUGGUUCCUGACGGAGACGUCCCCCUUCAUGUGGGCUAGUCUGGGGAUUGGCUUGGCCAUUUCCCUGUCUGUAGUAGGUGCUGCAUGGGGAAUUUACAUUACUGGCUCUAGCAUUAUCGGAGGUGGUGUCAAAGCCCCAAGGAUUAAAACAAAAAACCUUGUCAGCAUUAUAUUUUGUGAAGCAGUGGCCAUUUAUGGAAUCAUUAUGGCAAUUGUCAUCAGUAAUAUGGCUGAGAACUUCAGUGGAACAACACCGGAGACAAUUGGCGUAAGGAACUAUCAAGCAGGAUACUCCAUGUUCGGCGCUGGCUUAACUGUUGGCUUCUCCAACCUCUUCUGUGGCAUCUGUGUUGGGAUCGUCGGGAGUGGAGCCGCGCUGGCCGAUGCCCAGAAUGCCAGCCUCUUUGUAAAGAUUCUGAUCGUGGAAAUCUUCGGCAGUGCCAUUGGGUUGUUCGGAGUCAUUGUGGCGAUCUUACAGACCUCUAAGGUAAAAAUGGGUGACUAGAAGAUGCAAGAAGGCCAUACAAUUCAGGAUAUAAAGCUGCUGUCCUGAAGAAGAGAAGCAGAUGAAUUGUAUAUACAUUUAUUUAUUUAAAUGUUUGGUUCUUCUGACACGUCUGUGACUGUUUUUAACCCAUCAUUUGCUGAAGAGUGACUGGUUUGUGAAUUAAAUAUGUGGUUUUAUGAACGUAUUUGCACCCUCUUGUCUUAAAGGAGUGUAAGUGUUAAAAUUAAAACUAGUAAACAGUGUAAGGCAAGUUCCUUAUGAAUAAGAAAAUAUAAAUCCUCCAUCUGGUUAAAACAGCUUAAAUGGUUUACACUAUACACUCAGCCAUUUUUUUUUUUAAAGUAGUAGUUUUGUUUGUACUUUGUGAAUCCAUAUUUUGGAAAUAGAAAUCUUUAUUAAUAAACAUAAGUAAAAGCUACAUCUUCUGUUUCAAUUUAUUAAAUUUUCUGAGGAUUAGUUGGGCAUUGAUAGCUUCUGUCUCAGCUUUAAUUAAGUUUGGUAAGUCUGAAAGUUUUAACAUGUAAAUAAUGCUACUAUUAAAAGAAUGUGAAUAAUUUAAAAUUUAGGACAUGGACAUAUGUUACUAAGCAGUAUUUAACCAUCUCUUAUAUUUCUAAAAAUGCAAAUUUUUUAAAAAUAAAAUCACAAUGGCUUGUAGUCUAUUUGUGCUGGUGAACGUAUUUUAAUGCCUGCCUAAUGUAUCACCUGAAACAAACUGGCAAAUGUACUUUCUCAAAAUUAAAACAUUUAUGCACUUACGAUACUUAAAAAUAAUCAUAAGACCCCAGAUAAAAAUUGUACUGAAGAUGAAGCAUAUUUGUCUUAAGAUCCAAUGGCUGAACUGUAAUUUCCCUUCAAAGGAACUUGCUACAGGAUACUACAUUUUUUACUAAAUAGUUGUGUAUAUUGAUAGACACUCUUCAGUUUUGACUGGUUAAAAAUGAGAGAAAAUAGUAUAUGAAAAUGUUUGACGCUUCAUAUCUGGUUAAAAUGUAUUUAUAUUUUGAAGCAUGGGGUGUUAACCAUUCCAUAAGACUUGGAAUUUUGUUUUUCAUGAGGUAUUGUAUUGUAAAAUAGAUGUAGCUCUCAAAGUUGUCUGUUCUUAGUAAGCCUAAGGACUUACUAUCUUUAUGGAGAAGAGCUCCUGUAUGCCCAUUCAAUAAACCUGACUGUAGUUCUGUGUGAAGGCUUGCCUGCUCUGAUGUUUCAGUUACUUGUAGUGGCUCAACAGAUUAUCUGUUCAUCAGGUUGAUGCCUAAUUGUAAAAAGUAAUGACAGCUGGAGUUUCCCUCUGAGUCAUAUGACUUUGUACUUUAUUCCCUAAUAUCACUUAGCUUUUUGAAAAUUGUGUUGAUGUCUCUAUACUGCUAUUAAAUUCUCACCUCCAAGAAAAUAUGUAUUAGUGAAGGUAUAUACACUUUUUAUUGGUAUUUUGGUGUUGUACAUGUGAUGCACUCAGUUUUCCUUCCAUGUACCAUAGAAUAUGGUACCAUAUAUGGGAUAUCCUCUACCCAAACACAAUUCCAGAUGCAUAAUAAGUAAUAAGUAAUUUUGGAUUAAAUGCAUAACAUUUUUCCCCUCUUCAAAUUUAUGGUCAUACUUUAUACAGACAUUUUAAUAUUUGCAGUCUGUUUGUUUGGGGUGUUUGUUUGCAUACUGGUUAAUGAUAUUGUAGAAUAAAGACCAUUCUUCUUAAUUAAAAAAAUCCCAUCUGCAAUGCAAACGGACCCCGCUUUAUCUCUUUAUCUUAUUGCUUUGCUUUAGUUCAUUUUCCACUAUUGUGUAUAUUCUUAGGUGAUUACACUUGGCAAACCUUCUGUGUAUUCAUCUAAUUAAUCUUUUUCUUUUAUGGGGGACCUUUUGGAACAUUGACUCUGGAAGUCGAAUACACUGGCUGACGGAUUUAGUAGAACACAAUGUAAUGCACACAAACUGCACAACUCCUUCUGACGUGGAUAUUAUAUUCUGUUUAAGCAUGAAGUGAGCCUUAGCUGAAGAAUAAGGGAAGCCCAAACUUUACAGUCAUUUCCAGUGUUGCUCUUCAUGAUUUGUUUGACGUUUCAAUGCAAAGUUAUACCAGCCUGAAAUUUCAAGAUCCUAUUGUAUUGUGGAUAAUGGGUAAUAUAUAUUGGAUCUAUUGAAAGACUUGGGAAUUUACUCAUACUCUAAGUUUACAUCAGGCUUCUGCUAGUUUACGAUGCAUGCACUAUAAAUGUAUACUCUCGAACCUAGGGAGAAGGUUUUGCCUGUCUUUAAUUGACUUCUACUGGUUUGCUGUCCUAUUUUGUUUUUCCUUUUCUUAGCCAGAGUGCAGAACUACAAGCUGCAAAACAUUGUUAGUGAAAGUAAAUUAGCUGUGUCCCUCUAGCUGAAUACUUAAAAAGGCGCUAAAUAAGUUGAUUUUCAUGUUCGUUAAUUGCAGCUGAGUGUGGUAUGUCCUUUUCCAUUGGGGUUUGCUCUUGGAAAAUGAGCAACACUUGGUCAGGUUCAAAAGCUGAUCUUUAAACCCGGUCUAUGCGACUAUUUGAUAAAGCAACAGCUUUGUUUAAUUUCCAUAUGAUUUGUUGAAUUAGUUAAUUUGUUUUGGUCCUUUUGAACAUUCCUAAGUUUUCUUUUGUAUAAAUGUUUAUGGAAGACAAAAUAAUCAUGUUCUCUGUUUCAGUAACUUUGAAAUGUCAACCCAGUGAAUCUGUUUUCUGAGAAUGUGUUAAAGUGAGUUGUACUCUUGACUUCAUCUUUGUCUUUAACGUUCCCUGGAAAAAUAAAAUAUUUAAACUGUA